UCUUAUAAUAUAUUAAUAGUAAGCUAUGCUCAAACUAGUGAUUGCUCAAAAUCUUUGAGUUUAUUCUCAGAAAUGGGUCUCAUGGGUAUGAUGCAUGAUGUGGUUUCCUUUGUGGGUGCUAUAUCAGCUUGUGGAAAAUUAGCUGCAACCAAGCAAGGGAAAGAGAUCCAUGCAGUCGUGACGAGAAAGCUUUUUCACACACACCUCUUUGUUGCUAAUUCACUUUUGGACUUUUAUUCCAGAUGUGGACGGAUUGAUAUAGCUGACAAGAUCUUUGUGAGGAUUCCAAAUAAAGAUGCAGCCUCAUGGAAUACUAUGAUUUUGGGUUAUGGAAUGCUUGGUGAUUUGGACAUGGCUAUCGAUCUCUUCGAAAAUAUGAGGGAACGUGGAGUGCAAUAUGAUUCAGUUUCAUAUAUUGCAGUUUUGUCAGCCUGUAGCCAUGGAGGAUUUGUUGAAAAAGGGAGGAAAUACUUUGAGGAAAUGCAAGCUCAGAAUAUUAAGCCGACACAAAUGCACUAUGCUUGUAUGGUUGAUCUCUUUGGACGAGCUGGCCUUAUGGAAGAUGUAGUGGAACUUAUAAAAAAUUUGCCCAUCAUACCGGAGUCCAACAUAUGGGGUGCUUUGCUUGGGGCAUGCCGAAUCCAUGGUAAUAUAGAGUUGGGGUCUUGGGCAGCUGAGCAUUUGCUUAAGUUGAAACCUGAACAUUGUGGGUAUUAUGUUCUUCUUUCAAACAUGUAUGCAGAAGCUGGGAAAUGGGAUGAGGCAAACAAGAUUAGGGAAUUGAUGAAGUCGAGAGGGGCAAAGAAAAAUCCUGGUUACAGUUGGGUUCAAACGGGGGACCAGGUACAAGCAUUUGUAGUUGGAGAGGUAAUGGAGAACUCCACUCCAGGUCUUUGGCAUGCAGAACACGGUUAAAUUUGUUAAAGAAAUCUGAGUUUUAUGGUUGUUUGCUGACGUACAAGUCUUGGCAGCAUCAAAAGUGAACCAGAAAAUUGAAUAGCGGAAAUUUUUUAAGUAUCCAGAAGACCAAAAGGAGAUGAAUUGCAUCGAACUUUUGCUCAGUAGGCUAACUCAGCUGAAAUCAAUCCAAAGAUUGCAAAGCUUGGGCUUGCUGCAUUGCUAGCUUAAUGGUUGUUUGAUGGCGUUACAUAUACCACUUUCUUUGUCUUGGCAUUCCCCGGCUAUAACAAAAGUUCUGGCAAGAACCCGGCUGCUAAUCUCCUGGCACUUUUAGGGGAACAACGUAACCAGGCCAUUUGGAGUUGCCGGAGCAGCAGCACUGGCUUCACUUGUCGACAAAGGUUUGAAGAGGAUCCAAAACUAUUUCAGGUUUCCAAAUCUUGUCUAUGCAUUUGCCCCUGUUGUCUCCAUAGUUGGUGCUUCAUGUUUAACAGUCGUUGGCUUGCUCAUCCUUUCCAGACGUUGAAAAAAUUCUCUCAUCAAAGAGCAAAAAAUGAAGUGAAAGCUCCUUUUCUUGUGCUUGUGCUUGUAUAUAUUUUAGAAAUUGUGUCAUUUGAUUCUAAUAUUUUCUGGCUGUUCUCUUGAAUAUAGAAGGAAAAGUGUUGCUUAAUCAAUGUUUUUGGACUGAUGGUGGACCUUGACCCGGUCUAGGGGGCUGCUCUAAAUCUUGAUUGUUCAGUUAGUGGUAGAAUAAAUAAAUAUUAUAA